UACUGGAAAACCAGGCUCUCUGGAAUUUUUUUUUUUUUUUCUUCAGUGAGAAAGAAACAGUGGUUUUUCUGAGAAUGUUACAAAAAGCUAGCGAUAAGUUUCGGGUGUUUUUAGUGAAGAGAGUGCGUUUUGGUGUGUCGCGGAGCCAAACAAGCAUGGCGAGGCAGAGCUCCAAAGUCGAGGCUAUCUAUGAACUCUGCAAAAAGACCUUUUCGCCCUCCGGGUCUCCUCCCCCUUCUGCUGAAGCUGUCAGCAAGCUUUCUUCUCUUUUGGACGCAAUCCAUCCUGCUGAUGUUGGACUUAAAGAGGAAAAUCCAGAUGAUGAUCGAGGGCUUGGAUUUUUCAGAGACAAUCUAAAUAGAGUUUCUCGAUGGACUCAACCAAUAACAUACUUAAAUUUAUAUGAAGGUGAUAGUUUUACGAUGUGUAUAUUCUGUUUUCCUACUUCCUCAGUCAUUCCACUUCAUGAUCACCCUGGCAUGACUGUUUUUAGCAAAGUUCUGUAUGGUUCUUUGCAUGUGAGAGCUUACGAUUGGGUGGAGCCUUCUCAGGAAAGCAAGGGAUCAAAUUACUUUCCAGUAAGAUUGGCAAAGCUGGCAGCUGACAAAGUUGUAACGGCACCAUGUGGGACAUCAGUUUUGUACCCAAACAGUGGGGGGAAUCUGCAUUCUUUCACUGCAGUCACCCCGUGCGCUGUUCUUGACAUUCUCACUCCACCUUACAGAGAAGAUUUGGGCAGAAAAUGCACAUACUAUUGUGACUACCCAUAUACUGCCUUCCCUACAGAAAUUAAGGUAGAGGAGGAAAAAGAAGAGGAAUAUGCAUGGCUUGGUGAGACCGAACCUAAUAUCUACAUGCGAGAGGGAAACUACACUGGACCGACUAUUCAGAUCUAAUCUCCAUCAAUUGCCAGUGACAAUCAUUCAAUGAGCCCUUGCUUAUGGUAUAUGGUUAAGCAUUGGAUCCUAUGAAGCAUUUUAUUUUGGUCGACUGCAGAAGCCUAAUAGAGGUAACAAAGGUGCUGCAACCAUGCAGAAAAGCUCUUUUAUGAAGGCUUUCGUGAUAAGCUUUCUUGCAAAGUUCGAUAGAUAGUUGAGUAGCUACAAAUUAAUAUGAUUGUACCCUCCCUCCAAUUUCGAUUUCCCAGUGGUGUUACGAUCUCCUUUCGCCGUUCUGGCAUUGCCCAUGUGCAGGAAUCUUAUGCUUGCAAUGACGUGUCA